AAAAAAUAAAAGAGGGGAAAGAAACAAGUUUGGCCAGAGGCUAAAUAAACAAUUGAAUUUUGGUUAAGCGAACUAACAUAAUUAGCCAGAAUAAAGUAGAGCCUGUCACUGGGUCAUGCUCUUAAAAGCCAGAGCCUGGGGAGGAGAGAGAGGUCGAGCAGAUCCAGAACAGAUCCAACGCUGGACAGAGGGACGGACCUGCACAGAGAGGAGACGGCGGUACUGAAGAAGGUUAGAAGAAAUCGAGUGAAAAGGAAAAGCUUGGGUAACAACAUCAACUGCUGAGCAUAUUGGAGAUAAAAUAUCUUUCUAGAAGACCUGACGAAGGUCGUGAGACGUCUUGAGACGUCUGAAACCCAUCCCGGACCAUCUUAAAAGACGUUUUAAGAUUAAAAUUCUGAACCACCUUUAAAAAGACGGAGUGAUGCGUCUGUUAAACAAGGACCUGCGUCUGCAGGAUGUCACGCUGAUCUACGCGAUCCUGCUCGUUGCCCUGGUGGUCCUCCUGGUUGCACCGUACCACGCUUCAUCCCCAUCUUUGUCUCCGUCUUCAUCUUCGUCUCCAGACGACCCCUCGAGACCUUCCUUACCCUACCACGUCCCACUGGAUCCCGCCGGGCAGCUGGAGCUCUACUGGAACAUCAGUUACGCCAAGCAGGAGGUGUACAUGGAGCUCCGAGCCAAGGAGCUGCGCCAUGGUCUCCUGCUGGGCAUGUCGGACCGCGGGGAACCCACCGACGCCGACCUAGUGCUUCUGUGGAACGAUGGGCACAAGUCCUACUUUGGGGAUGCGUGGAGUGAUGAUGAAGGCCGGGUAACGUUGGACAGUCAGCAGGAUUACGAGCUGCUGGAUGCACGGAACACUCCGGAAGGCUUUUCUUUGCUCUUCAAGAGACCCUUCAGUACCUGCGAUCCCCAUGACUACGUUAUAGAGGAAGGAACAGUCCACCUGAUCUUCAGCAUACUCGAUCAGCCAAUCCACUCUCUUCGUCAGCUCAACGUGUCCCGCCUCCAAACUGGCGUUCAGCGAAUCCUUCUGCUGCGUCCUGAUGCGCCCAGCCCCUCUCUUCCGUCGGACGUGCGCACGCUGGAGGUUCUGGCCCCCGACAUCGUUAUCCCUGACCAGGAGACCACCUACUGGUGCUAUAUGUACCAACUGCCCCCCAACAUGCCCAAGAACCACAUCGUCAUGUAUGAGGCGGUGGUGAACGUGGGGAACGAGGCCAUCGUGCAUCAUAUGGAGGUGUUCGAAUGCUCGCCUCACAUGGACUCCGUCCCUCAGUACAGCGGCUCCUGCGACUCCAAGAUGAAGCCGACGAAGCUGAACUCCUGCCGACACGUCCUGGCAGCGUGGGCCCUCGGAGCCGAGCCAUUCUACUACCCCUCGGAUGCCGGCCUUCCUCUGGGUGGAAAAGGUUCCUCUAGGUUCCUUCGUUUGGAGGUGCACUAUCACAACCCACUCCUCAUCUCAGGGCGUCGUGACUCCUCGGGUAUCCGUCUGUGGUUCACUCCGUCUCUGAGGCGCUUCGACGCCGGGAUCAUGGAGCUCGGUUUGGUCUACACGCCCGUCAUGGCCAUCCCUCCUCACCAGCACACGUUCCAUCUCACGGGCUACUGCACUGCCGAGUGCACACGCACGGCGCUGCCUCCUGGAGGGAUCCAUAUUUUUGCGUCUCAGCUGCACACACACCUGGCGGGCCGAGGCGUCCGCACCGUGCUGGUGAGAGGAGGCAGAGAGGUGGAGGUGGUGCAGGAGGACAAACACUUCAGCACACACUAUCAGAUCAUCCGCAUCCUCAGGAAGAUGGUGACUGUUCUGCCAGGUGAUGUGCUUCUGACAAAAUGCACUUACAACACAGAAGACCGAGUCAAAGCUACAGUGGGUGGAUUUGGGAUCAUGGAGGAGAUGUGUGUGAAUUAUGUGCACUAUUACCCACGUACACAGCUGGAGCUCUGUAAGAGUCACGUAGACCCUGAUUACCUGCAGAGAUACUUCAGCAUCAUCAACAGGUUCCAUGGCGGGGACAGCUGCAGCUGCUCUCAGACGACAGUAGAGGACCAGUUCUCCGCCGUGACCUGGGACUCCUUCAGUGCCGAGGUGCUCGACUCGCUGUACACCACCUCACCCAUCUCCAUGCACUGUAACCAGUCCAUCGCCGAGCUCUUCCCCGUGAGUACAACCGCUCGUGCUAGCAGAGGCAACCGCUAGCACCACGAGAACGUUCAGAAACACAGUUUGAUCUCUUAGUGAAACGCGUGUUCGCGUCGUUCUCGUCUCCAGGGCGACUGGGAGAAACGGAAGAUUCCCCAGGUGUUAAUGGAGCUCCAGCCAGCCGCGCGACCUUGUGACCCGAGCCGAGCGCCGGCUC